AUGGAUUAUCGAAAAUUCCUUAGUACUCGGUCGAAAGCUCGCGUACCAUCAGCUAUUCGCGCCUUGAUGCCACUUUACAACAAGAAGGAUAUGAUCUCGUUGGCCGCAGGCAUGCCCAACCCUGAAACGUUUCCAUACGCAAGCAUGUCCGUUACGCUCAAGUCCGGCGAAAUCAUCACCUUUGACGAUGAUCUAUUCAGACGUAGCUUAUCGUACGAUUAUACUUCUGGCAUGCCGCAGUUUAACCAAUGGUUACGUGAGCUACAAAUCAGGGAGCAUGCGCCACCCUGUAAAGAGUUCGAUCUGUCGAUUGGCUCGGGUUCACAAGACUUAUUUACCAAGGCAAUGGAAAUGUUUGCUGAACCAGGAACUGCUUUGCUCGUCGAAGAACCAACCUAUGCUGGCGCUUUAUCUUUCUUAAAGUCUGAGCCUGUCGAUUUGGUCCCAGUCAAUACUGAUUCUGAGGGAAUUGACCCGGAAAUGCUCGACAGGAUUCUGACCAGUUGGCCCGAACUGAACCCUACGGGCAAAAAGGACCAACCUCGUCCUCAGGUGCUCUAUACGGUUCCUGUUGGCGGAAACCCAACUGGUGUCAGCUCAACGCUGCAACGCAAAAAGCGAACCUAUGAAGUAUGCCAAAAGCACGAUAUACUGAUCAUCGAAGAUGAUCCAUACUAUUAUCUCCAGUUCAAAACACCGCGUACGCCGUCGUACUUUUCGAUGGAUGUGGAUGGUCGCGUUCUGCGUAUGGAUAGUAUGAGCAAGAUUUUGUCGUCGGGCAUUCGCAUCGGAUGGGUUACCGGACCCAAGGUUUUGGUCGAGCGUAUAAAUCUGCACACGAUGUCGACAAACUUACAACCUGCUGGUGUACCUCAAUUGAUGGCAUAUGGUUUGUUGGCAGAAUGGGGCUAUGACGGCUUUUUCGCUCAUGUAGACCGUGUCGCCAAUUUUUAUCGCGAGCGUCGGGAUGUUUUUGAAGAAAGCUUGGAGCGUCAUUUAAAGGGAUUGGCGGAAUGGGUUGUGCCUGAUUCUGGCAUGUUUGUUUGGAUUCGCUUGCUAGGCGGUAUCACCGAUUCAAACGAGUUGAUUUUGCAAAAGGCUGUCAAGAAUAAUGUACUAGCUGUUCCGGGUGUGGCCUUUAUGCCUCUCAAUGACAUCACGCCUUGCGUCCGUGUCUCGUACAGCUGCAUAGAAAAGGAUCAAAUAGACGAAGCUGUGCGUCGUCUUGCUACGGUUAUUCGCGAAGAAGCUGCAGCAAAUUCUGCAAAUAACUAAUAAAUGAAAGAUUGGUGGUUUUAGUACCAGUUUUGGUAACUUC